GCUGUAUGUUAGCGAAUCCAGUUAUCCAAUACGGAACCUCCCUACGCCCGAACCUAUGCCCGAACCUACGCCUCAGAUUCAGGUGUGUCAACGAGCCUCAGCUUCGGAACUCCAUUCGUUCAAACUCUAUCAUCUUGCACCUUAACUCACUGUUGAAAAAAGCUUGUUGAACCAGUUCAAAGUUCAAACUCAACUAGUCCUUACUCUCACUGCGUUCCGAACCCUAAGUCCUUUUCUUUUCUCUUCGCUUUCGGUCUUUCUCUCUGUGAUUCAGUAGCGGCAGGUACGAAAUUCACGCAAUUUCUUUGAAUGGUCCUGUAUUCCUGAAUUAGACUCGACUGUUCACGCUUUGUGAUUUCCGAAAUUGAGAGCGAUUCUUCGUCGGUGGUGACCGUUGGUGCAUGCAGGCUCGGAUUGGUAAUGUACGAGUUUGAUCCAUCAACUUGUUGCGUUUUGAGAUAAUUUCGCUUCGGACCGGGAAAUCAUGGCGCAGAGUAAUUGGGAAGCAGAUAAAAUGCUUGAUGUUUAUAUUUAUGAUUAUUUGGUGAAGAAAAAGUUGCAUAAUACUGCUAAGGCAUUCAUGUCAGAAGGAAAGGUUUCUCCGGAUCCAGUAGCAAUUGAUGCUCCUGGCGGUUUUCUUUUUGAGUGGUGGUCUGUUUUCUGGGAUAUAUUUAUUGCAAGGACAAAUGAGAAACAUUCUGAGACAGCUGCAGCAUAUUUAGAGGCUCAACAGAUUAAAGCAAAGGAACAACAACAACUACAAAUGCAGCAGUUUCAAUUAAUGCGCCAAGCUCAGCUGCAAAGAAGAGAUUCUAACCAUCCUCCCAUUGGAGGUCCUGCAAAUGCUAUCACUACAGAAGGAAUGCUUGGGCAAUCUACUGCCAGUGCUUUGGCUGCAAAAAUGUAUGAGGAGCGAAUGAAGCACUCUAACCCCAUGGAUACGGAGACAUCCCAACCACUUUUAGAUGCUAGAAUGGCCCUCUUGAAAUCAACAAAUCAUCCUGGUCAGAUGGUUCAAGGAAAUUCAGGAAGUGUGACAGCGGCUUUGCAGCAAAUCCAGGCUAGAACUCAGCAAACCCCUGAUAUCAAAGGUGAUGUCAACAUGGGUACCAUCCAGAGAUCCUUGCCUAUGGAUCCUUCAAUUUAUGGGCAGGGAGGAAUGCAGUCAAAGCCUGGAAUUACAAAUGCAGGAUUAAAUCCAGGAGUUGGUGGUCUCACAUUGAAAGGAUGGCCUUUAACUGGCAUAGAUCAAAUUCGUCCCGGGUUUGGUGCACAAGUUCAAAAGCCUCUCCUCCAAAGUUCAAAUCAGUUUCAGCUUUUACCACAACAACAACAACAGCAGAUCCUUGCACAGGUACAGGCACAAGGAAAUAUUGGCAAUUCACCAGUUUAUGGAGAUAUGGAUCCGCAGAGAUUAAGGGGAUUAGCUAGGGGAAGUUUGAAUGCCAAAGAUGGUCAAUCCAUUGCAAAUGAUGGAUCAAUAGGCUCUCCAAUGCAAUCUACUUCAUCUAAGAUCAACAUGCCACAGGUCCAACAGUCUACCUCCCAGCAACAACAGGAUCCUUUGCAUCCACAGCAACUGAAUAACCGGAAAAGGAAAGGGCCUACUUCUUCAGGAGCUGCCAACAGUACUGGAACAGGAAAUACACUAGGCCCUUCUAAUUCUCAACCAUCAACUCCAUCUACUCAUACUCCUGGUGAUGGAGUUGCUAUGCCGGGUAACUUGCAGAAUGUUGCUGGUGUAUCCAAAGGUUUAAUCAUGUAUGGUGCUGAUGGAGCAGGUGGUCUUGCAUCCUCCACAAAUCAGCUGGACGACAUGGAGCAUUUUGCAGAUGUUGGCUCCUUAGAUGAUAAUGUGGAAUCAUUUCUCUCACAAGAUGACGGUGAUGGAAGGGACUUGUUUGGCACAUUGAAACGGGAGCAUGCUACUGAUGCUUCAAAAGGCUUUUCCUUUAAUGAAGUUGGUUCCAUUCGCAAAAGCAACAGUAAAGUUGUUUGCUGUCAUUUCUCUUCAGAUGGGAAAAUAUUAGCUAGUGCUGGACAUGACAAGAAGGUUGUUCUGUGGAACAUGGAGACGCUGCAAACAGAAAGCACUCCAGAGGAGCACAAUCUUAUUAUUACUGACGUUCGCUUCAGACCAAAUUCAACUCAGCUGGCAACAUCUUCAUUUGAUACUACUGUGCGGCUGUGGGAUGCUGCAGAUCCAAGCUUUUCUUUACAGACAUAUAGUGGUCAUACUUCACAUGUGGUGUCCCUUGAUUUCCAUCCAAAGAAAAACGACCUAUUCUGUUCUUGUGAUGAUAACAAUGAGAUUCGCUUAUGGAAUAUCGGUCAAUAUUCUUGCACUCGUGCUUUUAAGGGAGGAUCUACACAGGUGAGGUUUCAACCAAGGAGUGGCCACCUACUGGCGGCAGCAAGUGGCAGUGUUGUGUCUCUCUUUGAUGUUGAGACAGAGAGGCAGAUGCACACAUUACAGGGACACUCUGCAGAUGUGCACUGUGUAUGUUGGGAUGUAAAUGGAGAAUACUUGGCAUCUGUGAGUCAAGAAUCUGUCAAAGUGUGGUCACUUAACUCUGGGGAUUGCAUUCACGAACUUAGUGCCAGUGGACACAUGUUUCAUUCUUGUGUUUUUCACCCAAGCUACUCCACUACCCUCUUGGUUAUUGGUGGAUACCAGUCAUUGGAGCUAUGGAACCUGGCCGAGAAUAGAUCCAUGUCAAUUUCAGCUCAUGAAUGUGUGAUAUCUGCCUUAGCACAAUCACCAGUGACAGGAAUGGUUGCUUCUGCCAGUCAUGACAAAUCUGUAAAGAUUUGGAAAUAAAAUUGAUUAUUCUGUGGUUCAAAUAACCAAUAUCAGGUGUGCUAACUGUGACGUUGUCAAGGUAGAAAAACAGGUAAAACAGGGCUGAAGAAAUUACGAAGAUGAUGUAAGAAGAAUCCUCCAUCUAUCACCCCACCCUUCUCUCCUCUCCCGCAUUCAUCCUUACUUAUCUACUGUGAUAUGGGGCUUGGUGCAUUUUCUCUGUUCACGGGUAGUUUGGCUAAUCUUUUUCCAUAUUUUUCAUAAAAUUUUUAAAUUAAAUUCCGUUGCUUGCUAGAUAUUGUGCAAUGAGGGUUCUGUCAUUGUUAUUAGCCCCUUUUAAUGUCCAAAAUGCAUGUUUUGCAACUUCAUUGUCUUUUUCCUGGUUAACAAAUUGCAUCAAUUAAUCAGUAAUCAUUAUAUAAAUUGGUAAUAUUAACUGGUGGGAGAAGUUGUCUGUAUAAUCUUACAUUCUUUCCUGUCAAAUGUUGGAAACCCUUGUUUGCUGAGUAAAUGGACACAAACCUUUAAUUAUUUCCUUUUAGGUGCUUACACGAUUAUAUGAUGGGCUCAAUCAUUUUGAUCUGCCCUUGUUUCAUUUUCUUUGUUGUUGAUUUUCCAUUAUCGGUGUCUUCUCGCUCAUGCUCUCUAUCUUAAAAGAUAAAAGCUCUUUCUGCUAGUUGGUUUAGGGUUCUGUCUGCUAUGCAAACUAGAGAUUUGAUUAUGGCGUUUAAUGCACUUUAUUAGUGUCUUGAAUCAUGA